CUUGACCAGGGUUACGUUCCAGGUAUUUUUGGCGUAUCACACGUAGCACUGCAAUUCAUGGCCUAUGAGGAGCUGAAGAAAGGCUACAGUCAAUAUUUUGGAACACCAAUCAACAAGAAGCUGGUGAAUACUGUCUGCACGUGUCUGUAUAGUUGAUUGUAUACGUGUUAAAGCUCACAAAUUCAACCGAGUUAGCAAACAAGAAACUCUUGAUCUUAAUCCUUGACAUACAAAACAUGUGAAGCGCUUUUACUCUGAUCAUGUUAAUAGCUUAGGGUGGAUGACUGAAGUGUUGUCAUUUACUGGAACGAAACUUUUCUCUCAACUCCCCUCUCCACCCAGAAGGAUUGAUAAGAAUCAACCCUUUGCCCCGCUCCCCCCCAAGAUUGACUGACAUCUAACUUCACCUUACAAUAUUACCUCUGAAUCACACAUGGAAGUCAUGAGAAUAGAGGAAAUAUUCAGCCACCGAAAAAGUUCGACUGUUUAAGAAAUUCUCCUUGUCAGUAUCUUUGGAAAUGUACAGAGAACAGUAUGGAGAAUAUGGAUAUUGAUGUUAGGGUGUAAAGGGUUAACACGAACACAUGUAAUGGUCAGUGGCGAAUGUAAAGGGGGAACAGGAGAGAGGGAAGGGUGGGGAAAGUUUUUGGCUUCUCAUCUUGAGUAGUAGUCCUCCAUGACGAGCUUCAGCAUUUUGAAGCUACAACUGACGCCCAAACGACAACCUUAAUACCUUUGUUGUGCACGUGGCUGGUAGGAAGGUACUUAUAGGAUGACUUUUAUUAUUAUGUAACCGUGGGUUAUCUUGGGAAUCACUCUGAAGUGCUGAAAAUAUAGUAGUUCUUUUUUUUAUAUAAAGUGUUUUGCUCUCUAAUUUAUGUUUUGCUAACUUUCAUUUUCGUCAGAGUUCAACUGAGUACCUUGUAAUGGCUUCACUGUCGAAGAUUUUCGCCGCAACAGCGACAUAUCCUUAUCAAGUGGUUAGAGCAAGACUUCAGGUUAGAAUGGGAGAUUCAUUAGCAAAUGAUUAACCUUUUGACAUAGAUUUAGAUUUCGUUUUACUGUUGUAUGCUAUUAUCUUGAAAUAAACUUGUAGUUUAAGGCUGUUUUUAGUUUUCAGGCCGGUGAUCUCAUCGGUUGGUUUACUGGACUCCAGUUUGAUGUGGCCUGUGCUCGGGCCUCGAGCCUCAGCUAGGUCAUUGUGUCGGUUCCUUGGGAAAAGAUUCGUUAGCCCCACACAUCCCCCCUACCGGUGGGUCAAAUGGGCACCAACAAAAGGCCAGGGAAACCCUACAAUGAGGAUAAAUACCAAAUCUCACGAGGGAGAAUAGCUUUCACCCUCUUUCACUCUCUCUAUUCCUCUUAAGAAACACGGAUCCAAGAUGGUUAUGAGAAUGCACGGCGCGAAAGUUUUGAUCCUGUGCCCAUAAAAUUAGCUAAAACCAAUUGAAUAUAUCUGGAGCUGUCUCUAAGCAAGUCUGAUUUGUUAAAUCGUUCAGUAUUUACUGUUUCCUGCUGUCAUUUAUUGUUCAUGAAUUUUACUUUUCUAAAGAAUCAGUACACGAUGGUGGAAUACAAAGGCGCGUUGGAUGUGAUUAGUAAGACUUUCAGGUAAGUUGGAACUUGACAUGAGGACUUAAAGUUUUCGAUACGUUAUAGACUAGCUUUCCAUCUCUAGUCAGUUCAAACUCUCUACAUUAAAGAGAGGUACAUGUUUUGCCCGUUUGAAACAAUUUGACAAAGAACUGGACCAAAAUUGGCGGAGAACUGAAACCAGCUUGUUUGAGAACUGGAUCCAAUUUCGGACUGACUUACGGCUUAGUGGUAAAGUCCAUUUUUUAUGAAAGAAGGUAUUCUACUUUUUCUGGCCUCUCCUCAUGGCAGGUUCUUUUCCAAAUCUUAGGCAUGAAGGAGUAACAGGAUUUUAUAAAGGAUUAAUUCCCAGUGUCCUCAGGUAAGGCUAAAUGUUAAAAAUAAAUUUGAUGAUACAAGUAGGUUUGCUUGUUAGUUUUAUGUGUUAAACCGCAAUGUAUAAUCUAGAAUUGGCCAAGAGGGCUUAGUGGGCUCUCAUCUUUAAUUUUAGGUAGCGCUUUGUAAAGGAAAGGGUCUUAAGAGAUGGGGUACCCCCAUGAGGUGUUUGAACUUAUUUGCACCCUCUAGUCUGUGAGAAACUGGGAAGAAGAGACAGGCGAUAGAUACAUUAAGAGGCUAUAAAAUUUGGAGUAGGUGUCAUGUCACUGUUUUCGUCAGUUACAUGUUCGAAUACUGUGAAAUUAUUAAGAUACUUAUCGUUAUCACAAAUGUUUGUGCCCCACCUGAUAUGUUAGUGUAAGUUUUCGCGGUUUUUUCGUUUUUGGAAAUCCAGCAAAGGAGCGCUUUAGAAGAAACCCUGAAACUGUAAUAUAUGUAAAACGUUCAUUGUCGAUUUUACUGUGUAUUGUGCGUUUGAUUGUUGUUGAUUUUGUUUCUUUUUAGAGUAACGCCAGCAUGUGCACUUACAUUCGUGGUGUACGAAAACGUUAUUCACUUCCUUCUGCCGGACAGAUGA